UCCGAUGACGCCCACGACUGUUGACGAAGUUUGACGAUUUCUCUCAACUGCGAGCAUCAUUCAACUCUCACAUCAUACCCAAUUAUACCUUACGUCCCUUCUGCUGUCACCCUAAAACGAUUUCUUUUCCUCACAACGCGCCUCUGCUUCGUACUCCAGUAUGAUACGCAGCUCCCCAACUCUUUACAACCUCCAUCAACUCUCCGCAUUUGGGCGGGAUCACAACAUUCUGUCAUAUUUUACGAACCAGACUGCAAAAAGAGGCUUCUUGUCACCCGCGAGGAUUGAAACGACUUGUCACGACUUCACAUCAAAGAGUAUACUGCCGCAGGGUGCCCGACGUUACUUAGAGUUGAGAAUCCUUAUGUUGCUUUUCUGUCUGUCUUCUCAUAUCAUGCCCCCUCUCUGCUCCCCUAAUCUUUCUCUUUUGACUCUCUUCGAAUGCGUUUAUGCACACUACCCCUAUCUGGUAAUUAUGCUACAAUUGGGUUCUGUCUACCAUCGUACCUUGCUUCGGCAACUGAUGGCCAUGCGAGCAAUACGCGCCUAGGUCGAAUCACCGAGGGAGUGGAUACGAUGGUGGACUUCUUUUCUGCGGUGGACUGCUUGCUUGUAGAGGAAAUGGGUGGG